UUUGCUGUCAUCAUUACACACAAAAACUAAUUAAAUAUUUCAAGUUAUUAACGUCACCUUCGAAAUUUUAUUAAACAAUUAUAUAAAUUUGUUAGACGUCGGCAAUGCACUUCUGGAUAGACAAACGCUCACAGCAAUGUGGUUUCGGGAGAUCUCGAGUUGCGGCCUCGCUAUCUGGCGCGGGCGGAUCGGGAGUGGGACUCAGUUUUGGACAUCCACCGCGUCGUAUAAGCGGCGGCAGUGGCAGUAAAGCCACGAGCAGCAGAAGCAACGUGCUACCAGACUGUCAUCACAGCAAUGCCGCCGGCAGCAGCGGCAGUCGCAGCCAUCAAUAUCAACAGGCGCAAUUGCAGCAUCACCAUCAAUUGCAACAGCCGCAGCCGCAACAGCAACAACAGUAUGCCAAUAACAACAAUAAUUUCAAUAGCGCCAAUAAUUGUCAACAAUCAAAUACGCACAGCAGCAAUAAUAGCAAUUAUACAGGUAAUAAUAUUAACACCGCCAAUGCAACAGCCUCAGGCGCCGCAAUGCAAUCGACCACAUCGGUGACGCUUAAUAACAAUCCCCACCAGUACAACUAUCAGCAGACGCAACAACAUGGCAGUGGCCAUAUACCGAACCAUCAUGCGUCUGGCAACAACAAUCUGAUGAACAACAACAAUGCGAGCACUUCUACGUCCACGGGUACAGCCGGUGAUGUGCGCGGCACCACAGCAGCAACGCAAGAUUUCAAUCAACGCGCCGGUGCACUGCUACAAAAUAAUGUAGACACACCGAAUGCGGCGCUGUACCAGCAACACGGCAAUCAGUGCUACGAUAUGCGCAGCUAUCAUCAUCCACAGUUUGGUAAUAUGUCAGUGCGGCACUAUCAGUAUUCGGGCCGGAAUUGUAAUGGGCAGCCAGCGCAUGUCAGCGCAAAUCCCCCGACGCAUGCAUAUCGUAAUGGCAAUAACAGCGGCGGCACAAGAACAAUAGUUGGCGCUGCACAUACGCAGCACAUGGACCAAAUGGCUUACCGACAACAACAUGGUUACAGUCACUCUGCUGCAGCGUGCGCUCAGUCGCAUGAGUCUGUAAUGGGCGGUUCCGCGCCCAUUUCCACUAAUACCACGAACACGGCAAGCUAUGCGGUAGCUAACACAGCGCAUCGCUACAGUUCGGCAGCCAUAAAUAUGCGCAGCAGUAACAUGACGGUGGAUGCGAACGCUGGCGAUGCUCAGCUGCUGCCUUCACACCUGAAGUGUGGCAUGUGCGCUUCGCUAGUGUUGGCCUCCGUCUUUGUGGCGGGCGCAAAAUUCUAUUUCGACCAUCAGGGUACCGGCUUGGGACUCUUGCCAAGCGGACGCAAUGCCGUGUUGGGUGCGCAACAUCAGACCGACGCCGAAAGCGCCAUACAUUAUACACGUCCACCAUAUGGUCGGCGUGAUAUCGUGAAUGCUGACGGUAGUAGUGAAUUGGUUGGCUCAGAUGAUAUACAUGGCGCACCAUUGUGUGGACAAUUGCAAUUGAUUGAAGAUGCGGCAAGUGCCGGACCGCCACCAUAUCAUAUAGCAAUAUACUUUCCGGAGACCGAGAGCCAUGGAAAGGGCAAAGACGCACCGAUAGAUGACGAAUCACCGCCGCCGUCCUAUGAUAAAAUACUUAUCUAAAUCUAUACACUGCAUAGUAAUCAUAUUUGGGGAAUGUAGUAGAGAGUUUUUCGGCCAAAAAGUAUGAGCAUUUUUUUGUCGCAUUGUUGAAAUCAUAUUCCCAUUUUUCCAAUUUAUUUAUUGUAUUUCGAGAAAUAGACGAUUAGGUAAAUUCGUAAUCAGUUGCAAGCGAAUCCGAUGAAUUUUUCAUGAAGCGUCCGCCAUAUUUAUUCCGACAUUUUUAAUUUUGAAACACCGACACCGGAUUCGUAAUCUGUGACCCCGGAAAUCCCCGAGUAGCGAGUUUCAAGCGCAUCCGAUGAAUUUUUCAAAAAAGCGUCCGCCGUAUUGGUUAUGUCAAAACCUUGAUCUGAUGAAUUAAAUUUACCACGAAUUUGAAUUUUGGGGUCACUGAAACAUAAGCCAUACAUAGUAAGACCCCCAGAUCAGAACGAAAAUUUUUUUGUGUUGCUGUGUAAUCUUCCAUUUUGCUUUCCCGAGUAGCGAGUUUCAAGCGAAUCAGAUGAAUUUAAAAAAAGCGUCCGCUGUAUUGGUUGUUUGAGGUUAUGCCAAAACCAUGAACUAAUGAUAUUAAAUUUACCACGAAUUCGGAUUCAGCGAUCCCAAAAACAUAAGCCAUACAUAGUAAAACCUCCAGAUCAGAACGAAAAUUUUUUUGUGUGGCUGUGUAAUCUUCCAUUUUGCUUCUUGUGGAGGACUGCCGGUAAAAGACGGCAGUUAUAUAGUAUUAUUGUUAUUUUAAUAUAAUUAUAAUGAGCGUCACACCUCUUCUUGAACGACAUUUUUUUCAUUUCUUUUAUACAUAUAUGAACAUCACAAAUAUAUUUCCAUGCCGUUUAAACUGCUUCGCGUCAUCUCUCUCUCUCUCUCUCUCUAACUACAAACUCUCUAAUGUCUACAUGUAUUUUUAUGUAUGCUCAAUAUUUUUAUAUACACUUUUUUAUUCAAACUAAACUUCUACACAAUAAUCUAUAAUAAUAUACAUAAAUAUAUAUAUAUAUAUAUAGUAUAUACGAAUGCUCACAUAGUGUAAAUAAGCGAUAAGUACACAUACAUAUAUCAAUCUAUUAAAAAAACAAUAAAAAGUUUAUUAUAAAUCAUUAAAAGUAAUAUAAUAAGUUUGUGGAAUGUAUUGUGUACUGGUGUACAUAUUAUAAGCUAAAAGCUGAAUUUAAUUCAAUUAUCAGAUAUACAAAAAAAAUUAAAAUUUGAAUUGAAUAACAAACUACGAAAAUAUAUUUAACAAUUGCAAUAUAUACAUAUGUUGACAUUUAUGUAUGUAUACAUAUAUACAAAAUAAUGCUCUACAGGUGUAUCUAUUUGUAGCAUUGUUGAGGUGAACAUUAAAUCUAUAACUUCAUGAAAUUGAUAUUUGCCAAAUUUAUAAAACCAACAAAUAAUAUUAAAAAGCAAGAAAUUAACCAAAAUUUCUAUUUUGAAAACAAAUUGUGUUUGUAAGCAUAGCUUUAAGUGAGAUGUUGUAAGAACGUCAUAUGAAUACUGCGAUUGGAAACUUUCUAUAAUUUGAACAAAAAAGACCUGUCAUUUGGUUCUGUGAUAUGAUAUUUACGAGUAAAACUAAUAAUACAGUAAAACCUAACUACAAAUAAACAAUGAUAUAUCCAAUAAACAUACAUAUAUGUAUAAGAAAUACACAAUAUUAUACAAAUAGUUA